GGGAAGUUUAAAUAUUAAUUGGAAAAUGUCAAGUUCAAAAUUGCGUUGGAAGUCAGACUUUGACAAGCAAUGUAUCAUACAUAACUUUGAAAAGAGAGGCUGGAGUCGUUGUACAAGUGAUGAUGACUGGAAUAUUUACUGGGCUAAUGUAUGGAAUGUCAAGCAAAUAUUCAACCCAGACACAGGUCAUCGGCUAGGCGAAACUCAACUGCUAAACCACUUUCCUAACCACUACGAGCUUACUAGAAAAGAUUUGAUGGUCAAGAAUAUUAAGCGGUAUAAAUAAAGAUAUGGAAAAAGAGAACAAUCCUAUUGCUAGCAAAGAUAAAGAAGGAAAUUAUGUUUAUCUUGAUAUUAUUCCAAUUACUUAUAUACUUCCUGGAGACUACACCCUCUUUGUAGAAGAGUUUCGGAAGAACAAGAAUGCUAUGUGGAUUAUGAAGCCUUGUGGAAGAGCACAGGGGAAAGGUAUCUUCUUAGUCAACAAACUUAACCAGCUCAAGAAAUGGGCUACUUGUUCAAAGCUUCCCUUUCAAACCCUAUCUCUUAAAGAGUCUUAUGUUAUCUCAAAAUAUGUUGAGAACCCUCUGCUGAUUGGCGGUCGUAAGUUUGAUCUUCGCCUGUAUGUCCUAGUUACUAGCUACAGACCUCUGAAAGUAUGGUACUACAACAUCGGAUUUGCUAGAUUCUGUAACGAAAAAUAUACAGCUGAUAUUGCCGAACUUGACAAUAUGACCAUCCAUCUUACUAAUGUUGCUAUCCAAAAGCAGUCUGAGGAAUAUAACGAUAAGCAUGGUGGCAAGUGGAACACCAAUAAUCUGAGAUUUUACCUUGAAAUGACUCACGGAAAGACUCUCACGGACAAAUGUUUUGAAGACAUCUAUAAUAUAAUAACAGUAUCUUUAAAAUAGCGUGACUAGCGUUAUGAUCAACGACAAACACUGCUUCGAGUGCUACGGAUAUGAUAUCCUAAUCGAUGAUGACCUCAAGCCAUGACUUAUUGAGGUAAACGCUUCCCCAUCUCUAACUGCAACAUCUGAGGGUGAUCGGGUUCUUAAAAUGGGCCUACUUAACGAUGUCUUUAACAUCGUAGCCCCUAAUGACUGGUUGGAUGACUCCAGCAAACAUGGAUCUAAUACUUGCAAGGAAAGAUCUGUUGGAUCAUUCUCUCUUCUCCUAGACGAAAGUGGAGGAGAAGACAGAGGUAAGAAGAACAAUAAGAAAACUGGCGGUACUGCUCUUUGGAGAUAA